AACCCGCGAAAAAAUUCAGAGAAGGAGGAUGUUGUGGGGCUUAUGUGACACUGUUCCUUCAUCCUGCGCCUGAAGAAAAGGCUGACACACCCGGCUGCUCUGAACUCUGAACUGUGUUUGCCAGCAGCCAAUGACUACAGUUGCAGUACUUGGAGGGGGGAUUGGGGGUUUGGCAGCAUCCUACUACCUAUGCAAGAGCCCCCAGGUUACCAAGGUCAUUGUUCUUGAAUCCAGCAGUCGCUUCGGAGGUUGGCUGAGCUCCACCAGGAGGUCUGAUGGAGCGGUGUUUGAACAUGGACCCAGAGGGAUUCGACCUGCGGGCGCAGUGGGACGCAACAGUCUCAAUAUGGUGGAUGACCUGGGUCUCGACGGGGAGAUCCUGCCUGUCGACUACAGCCAUGUUGCCUCUAAGAACAGAUAUGUGUACGUGAACAAACAGCUGCACAAGAUGCCUUCAGGGAUAAGUGGGCUUCUGCGCACUGUGCCCCCUUUCUCUCGUCCCCUCCUGUUGAGCGUUGCUAAGGAGAUACUAGUGAGGAAAGGCAAGGAGGAUGACGAGUCCAUCCAUUCAUUUGUUUCUCGGAGGCUUGGAAAGGAGCUGGCAGACAUAGCCGUGGACAGUUUGUGUCGGGGUGUGUUUGCGGGCGACUGCAGGAAGUUGAGUGUGCGUUCUUGUUUCCCUGUGUUGUUCAAUGCAGAGCAGCACAGAGGCUCGCUGGUGCUGGGCAUGCUGCUGGGCUCAGGUCCCACUCCAGCGCUCCCCUCCGGCCCUCUGGCUCAGAGAUCUCAGACAGAGUCGUGGGCCCAGUGGUCUCUGCGCAGCGGGAUGCAGUCCCUCCCAGAAUCCAUCAGCGAGUUACUCCAGCAGAGCGGCAGAGUGCAGCUGCACAGAGAUGCCGCCGUGCAGCACAUCACUCCUGCAGCCUCCGGGUGGACGAUCGAACUAGAGGAUGGAGUCAUAUCAGCCGACCACAUCAUCUCUGCAAUGCCUGCUAAAGCCCUCUCCUCCGUCCUGCCCCCCUCCUGUCAAUCUCUCAAGCAGGUGCUGCAGGACAUCUCCACGGUAACGGUUGCUGUGGUAAAUCUGGAGUAUGAGGGUUCCAUCCUGCCUGUAACGGGCUUCGGUCACCUGCUUCCAUCAUCAGAGAAUCCAGGUGUUCUCGGGGUCGUCUACGACUCGGUUCCCUUCCCUCAACACAACAGACCUGAUGGACACACUACAAGACUGACGGUGAUGAUGGGCGGGGCCUGGUUCCAGGAAGUGUUUGGGCCCUCAGACACAGUAACAGAUGAGUGUAUUUUAUCAAGAGCCACUGAGGCAGUGCAGAACCAGCUGGGAGUCACCUCAGCACCCAGCUGGAGCUGGGUGGCCCUGCAGAAGGACUGCAUCCCUCAGUAUUAUCAGGGACACUUUCGGAAAGUUGAGUCCAUGCGUCGCUUCAUAAAGGCGAACAACCUACCGCUAUCUCUGAUUGGUUCCUCGUACGAUGGCGUGUCAGUGAAUGAUGUGAUCUUUAGUGGACGGACAGCAGUGGAGGAGUUGUUAGGAACUGCAGUGUGAUGGAACAACCAGUGCUCCUCAGGUGUGAGAGUAGAGAGGAUAUUUUUAUAUGUGUGUAAUGAUGUUGGGAAUACAUUUUUUUUACCUGUUCUUGCAUUAAGCCUUCAUUUUCCAUCAUGUCUCAUCAGUGUGACAUACGUGUGGAUCAGUGCAGGCUACAGAGCAGCGUGCUUCAAGCCCAACUGGACCUGUCAACACUGAUCAAUAUAUGCUGGAGCUACCACAGUGUAGGAUUUAAAUUCAAUUGUAAUAUUCUAAUGUCUUAAAAGAAUGAAGAUAUGUUUAUUCUAAGUUCUCACAUCGUCUCAAAGAGGAAGAGAUCACCCACCUGAUUUACCUACUGACGACUCGCACUUUAAGUAAAGCCUAAUGUACCGACGAGCCAUUUGUCCCGUUUCCUCAUCACUUGAAAUAUCACCUGACAUCAGAUGAUUUAUUAUUAUUAUUGUUAUAUUCUGUCCUAGCUUCUGUAUUGGUGUUUUGGUCUCAUAUAAAUAAAGGUGAAAAACUGCU